CUUGUUAAUGAAUUGAGUUUCAGAAAGAUGGCUGAAGCAGCUUAUAUUCAGGCUACCCUGAUGUCAGGCAGGUUCCUGAAGGUUGGUGAGAAGCUGGAGAACAGCGUGUCCAUCAUCUUCUCUCUAGAGGAGGAGGUUGGGGCUCUGGCUAAGACUCUCAAGAUAUUUAAGAAGCAUGCAGUGAACUUGGUUCAUAUUGAGAGCCGGUCAUCUGUUCGUCUACCUGGAUACGAGUUCAUGGUUGAGUUAGAUGUUGAGAGUGGAGAUAUAGAAGGUGCUCUCGAGGAAAUAAAAAAGAAUGCAACCUAUUUCCAGAUAAUUACAAGGGACUAUAAGGAUAAUUCUGAUGCUGUUCCCUGGUUUCCAGUUCAUAUUAAAGAUCUAGACAAGUUUGCUAACCAGAUUCUGACCUACUUUUCUAGGUUUGCUAACCAGAUUCUUACCUACUUUUCUAGGUUUGCUAACCAGAUUCUGACCUACUUUUCUAGAUUUGCUAACCAUAUUCUGACCCACUUUUCUAGGUUUACUAACCAGAUCCUAACCUACUAUUUUAAGCUUUUUAACCAGAUUCUGACCUACUUUUCUAGGUUUGCUGACCAGAUCCUAACCUACUAUUCUAGGUUUGCUAACCAGAUUCUGACCUACUUUUCUAGGUUUGCUAACCAGGUUCUGACCUACUUUUCUAGGUUUGCUAACCAGAUUCUGACCUACUAUUCUAGGCUUUUUAACCAGAUUCUGACCUACUAUUCUAGGUUUGCUAACCAGAUUCUGACCUACUAUUCUAGGUUUGCUAACCAGAUUCUGACCUACUAUUCUAGGUUUGCUAACCAGAUUCUCACCUGCUAUUCUAGGUUUGCUAACCAGAUCCUAACCUACUAUUCUAGGUUUGCUAACCAGAUUCUGACCUACUUUUCUAGGUUUGCUAACCAGAUUCUGACCUACUUUUCUAGGUUUGCUAACCAGAUUCUGACCUACUUUUCUAGGUUUGCUAACCAGAUUCUUACCUACUAUUCUAGGUUUCCUAACCAGAUUCUGACCUACUAUUCUAGGUUUGCUAACCAGAUUCUUACUUACGGAUCUGAGCUUGACUCCGACCACCCUGGGUUUACUGACCCUGUAUACAGGGCGAGGAGGAAGGAAUGCGCUGAUAUUGCGUUCAACUAUAAACAUGGUAAUCCUAUACCAGAUGUGGAGUACACGGAAGAGGAGAAAGCAACAUGGAGGACUGUGUACACUAAUCUUAAGAAACUGUACAAGACGCACGCGUGUUACGAGCAUAACCACGUGUUCCCGCUUCUUGAGGAGAACUGUGGCUAUGGACCUGACAAUAUACCUCAGCUGCAACAAAUAUCAAACUUUCUUCCUUUUGCUAUUUUUAAAGGUGUAACAGGAUUUCAACUGCGCCCUGUCGCCGGCCUGCUCUCUUCUAGAGAUUUCUUGGCUGGACUUGCUUUCAGGAAUUUGAAGAAAAAUAUUUAUUUUUGCAUACAGAAAUUGAGCCUUAGCCAAGAGAUAGGAUUGGCAUCACUCGGAGCCUCUGAUGAAUACAUUGAAAAACUCGCCACCUGCUACUGGUUUACUGUUGAGUUUGGGAUUUGCCGACAGGACGGAGAAAUUAAAGCAUACGGAGCUGGACUUCUCUCUUCAUAUGGAGAACUGGAAUGGUGUCUCUCCGGAAAACCGGAUCUGAGACCCUUCGAGCCUGCAGUGACAGGGGAGCAGAAAUAUCCUAUAACAGAUCACCAACCUGUUUACUACAUCACUGAGAGCUUCGAAGAUGCCAAGCAGAAAAUGAUAAAUUUUGCUGCAACAAUUCCAAGACCUUUCGGAGUUCGAUAUGAUCCUUAUACACAGACUAUCCAGCUGUUGGACUCCAAGCGGCAGAUCCAGAAACUAAUCCAGAACAUCAAUGGAGAAAUCAGAACUCUUAUUGAUGCGUUCGAGAAGUUCUAAACAUCAAAUAAACUCGGAGAGAAAAUAUUGCUAUCGUAGAAAAUUUAUGACACUACUUAAAUAUUUUCAGAUUUAUCAAGUUGUUCAAAAAAAAUCGAGCAUUGUUUAUUGUUACUUGACCAAUUCAAUUAAUUCACAUUGAGUUCUAAAUCUAAUUGUAAAAAUUAUGGCUUUUUCGGGCUAAAAAUAGGAAAAAUAAGUUUUUUCUUUGCUUCUCAUUAAAAAUCCCUUUAUAAACAUUUUAAAAAUGCUAGCAAUAAAGCUGACCAUGGGAGACCUGAAAUGUGCUAUAUGCAUUCUUUAUACGCAUAAAGCUAUAUAACCUACAAAUAAAGCCAAUUUUUGCUUUUGCA